AAUAUUUUGCAAGAUGAUUGAUGAUGAUGAGGUUGCCCAGCCAAGUCCACUCCAUCAUAAAAAUAUCUUCCCUUCAAAGUUUGCAGCUGGACAAAGACAGCUUAUUAUUAGGUGACAGGAUAAACAUGAUAAACAGCAGCAGCAACACACAGAAUUCCAGAUCUUUCUACCACUUUCCUCUCUCUAAUUCCUAUGGGCUCUUAUAUUCUUCUCUCUCCAUUGUUACGCCUGGCUAUCUUCUCACUUCUCUUUUUCUCUUAGAUACUUCCUUUCUUUUCUUUCUCUCAAGGUUCUCGCACACUUAUUUCGAUCAAUGGCUUCUGAAACUCAAGUACCUGAACUAUCUUCAGCCUUUGAAAGAUUCCUAAGACACAGAGAUCUGUCUUUGUUCUUGCCUUUCAUCUUAGGCUUUACUUCCACCACCACAAACACAAACACAGAAAACCCAGAUCAAGAAAAUCAAGAAACAACCUCUCGACAUGAAAGAAUCAUCCUAAUCAACCCUUUUACUCAGGGUAUGGUGGUGAUAGAAGGAACUGAAAGUUUGGAUUCUCUUCUUAGAGAACUAGCUGCCAAGAACGGCCACCCACCUGCCUCUAGGGCAUCAAUAGAGUCCUUGCCUAGUGUAGAUGUUCAAGAAAUUGGUGAUCGUGAUAGCGAGUGUGCUAUUUGUUUAGAGGAGUGGGAGAUUGGUGCUGGGGCUGUGGUGAAAGAGAUGCCCUGUAAGCAUAGGUUUCAUGGUAAUUGUAUAGAGAAGUGGUUGGGGAUUCAUGGGUCUUGCCCUGUUUGUAGAUAUAAGAUGCCUGUUGAUGAUGAGGAGUUGAGCAAGAAGAGAGAUCAUGAAGAAGAAGGAGAAGGAGGGAGAGAGAGGAGAAGAGAGAUUUGGGUUAGUUUCUCUUUCAACAGUAGUAGUAGUAAUAGGAGAAAUGAUGAUUCUAAUCAAACUCCUUCAAGUGAGUCUAAUGAUGUCGAUGAUAAUUCUACUCCAAGUCCUGAUCAGGAAAGGGAGGGUUAGUGAUAAUUUUUGUUUGGGUUUUUUUGUGUGCAUUUCUAUUUCUGAAAGAGUUUGUACAUAAAAUAAUUGUUUUCUUGAGUUCCCCUUGGAUAAUAUAUGAGUUGCGUACUUUUUCUCCA